CCUCCCAUCAGCCCCCGCGGCAGGGAAGAUGGCGGCUGCCAUGGCGGCGGGAGCGGGGCGGGCAGGGAUGGGGCUGGGGAGGCUGUGGGUGUGCGGACAGGCUGCAGGGUCUCUGCUCCUUCCCCGUGGAGCUCCAGCUCCUGCCUGGGCUGCUGUGCCAGUGAGAACAAAGAAAAAGAGAGGUUUUGUGCCUGAGUGGGCCAGGGAGCUGCCUCCUGAGGAGAAGGAGAAGAGAGCCAGGGCUUCCAUGCCAAUAUUUCCAGAGGAACGCAUGGAAAGGACCAUCUACCUGGCUUCCACAGCUGAAAUCAUGGAUCCUUACGUCCCUCCUGAGGGUGAUGCCCGUUUGACUUCCCUCUCCAAAGAUGGUUUGAAGCAGAGGAUGGCAAAGCUGAAGCAGACAGCUGCCUCCCAGCUGGCCCUGAGGAAGAUCAAAGACCACGAUCCAGAUUUCAGCACUAAAACUUUUCCAGAGAAGGCUCAGGAGAUAUUUAUUGAAGCUCACAAUUCCCUGACCAACUUUAACAAGCAGAAACUCCACUCCCUGGUGGACAGAGCGCUGCUACUCAGAAAUGUCCGUGGGAACAGGUACAAGACCAUCAGGUGGAGUUUUGUGGGGUCCCUGGAGCCCCCCCGGGUGGUUCACAUCCGCUGCGACAGCAUCGUCACAGAGGGAACCCUCUAUGGCCAGGUGACAGUCAGGAUGCACACACAGCAGACUCUGGCAAUCUACGACCGCUUUGGACGCCUGAUAGGGGGGGAGGGGGUGCCCAAGGAUGUUUUGGAGUAUGUGGUGUUUGAGAGGUACUUGGAACCCUAUGGCAGCUGGAGGAUGCAUGGCAAGAUUGUUCCAGCGUGGGCACCCCCCAAAGGAGCCAUUGUCAAGACGGUGAAUGAUUCCUGGCCCAACCUUGCAUCCCCUCACAAGAAUAUGAAAGGACCAAGUAGGAAGUUCCAGAGACAGCAGUGCCAAAGAAAACCCUGGGGGGAAGAGAUGGAGAACAUCAGGGGCUGGAUGUGGCUGUGAGCCUUUCAGUGAGCUGCUUCAGAGUGGACUCACUCACUAAGAAUUGUCCUUUAAAAGAACAAGAGGGGCCUGGGAGGGGGAUUCAGAGCUCUGAGAACUUCUUUCCUCUGUCCAAGCAGACUUGGUGUGCUGCCCUGUAACCCUCUCAGUGUUUCUGUGAAGGGGAGCAGAGUCCUCUCCUCAGGACAGGCCAAACUCUGCCCUCAGCUUCCAUCCUGAGAGCCCUGGGCUGCAGAGCUCUGCCCAGACGUGGGAUAUUGGGCACCCCAUGGGAAGUGUCACAGCCCUGCUUGGCUUUUAUUAAAACUUACAGCAGUGGCACUUCCUUUUCCCAUCCUCUCUCCCUCUCUUGACUGAUUCCCAGGCUAUUUUAUUUUAACCAGCCAACAGGGAAGAGCAGCAAACACUCUUGAAAUCCAGUUCUGCUGGGGGGGAGCUGCUGACCCUGCUGAGGGGGUGCUUGGUGGUGGCUGCAGCACAGCACUGAUAAUUUAAUAAAACUUUUUGACUCCUC